AUGGCUAAAAAAGGAAAAGGAUCAAAAAAUGUAGAAAAACCAUGUUAUCGUAUUUUAUCAUUGGAUGGUGGAGGUGUUAGAUCAGUAAUUGAAUGUGUUUUAUUAAAAAGAAUUAUACAGGUUUAUCCAAACUUUUUAGAUAAUAUAGAUUUAAUAACUGGAGCAAGUGCAGGUGGUAUUUUAUCAUUAUGUUUAGCAACUGGUAAAUCAGUUGAUGAGGCAAGUGAUUUCUUUAGCAAUAUUGUUCCACAAAUUUUCCGUAAAUCAUGGAUGCAUGAAAUAUCAUCACUCGAUAGCGCAAUUGCUCCAGCCUAUACCAAUCUUAAAUUAAAAGAGGUGAUGGAAACUCAAUUUGGUGAUCUAAAACUUAAAGAUUUACCAAAGAAAGUAUUAAUUCCAAGUUUUCAAUUGGAUAAUCAAAGUGGUUCAGGUCCAACCGAUCCAACAAAUACAGUAUCACCACCAAAUGGAAAUGGAAGUUGUACACCACCAAAAACAGCCACCAACAACAAUGAUGAAAAAACUGACGAAGAACUUUUUACUGGUGAUCAUUUAGUGGUUGAUGUUGCAUUGAGAACUAGUGCCGCUCCAACCUAUUUCCCAAUCUAUCAAGGUUUCGUUGAUGGUGGUGUCUAUGCAAAUAAUCCAUCAUUAUGUGCCGUCACUAGUGCAAUCUCUAGUGGAAUUAAAUUAACUGAAAUUUGUGUACUCUCCUUAUCCACUGGUAGAGAUGGUAAAUAUGUAUCACCCGAUCAAUAUGGCGAAGGUAAUUGGGGUUUAGCUCAAUGGGCUCCAACACUCAUCGAUAUGUUAUUGGAUAGUAAUGUUGAAAUUUCCGAUUUUCAAUGUGCUCAACUAUUGGCUGAAAAAUAUCAUAGAGUCGAUCCUUUACUCACAAAAAAUAUCGAUUUAGAUCAACCAAAAUUCAUUCCACUCUUGGAGGAAAUUGCAAAUGCUGUAGAUUUAACUGAUACUUUUAAUUGGAUUCAAGAAUUUUGGUUAAAACCAGGUGAUAAAAUUACUCCAAUUUUUACUCCAACAACUACUCCUUCAUAUAUCUCUCCAACUUUAAGAGCUAAAAAUAAGAAAGUUAUUGAUAAUGAUAAUGAUGAUGGUGAAGAUAAUGAAAAAAUUGACGAAUUAAAUAUUGAUAUAAGUAAUGUUAAUAUUACUUCAACAACUUUAAAUGAAAAUACUGAUAGUAAUAGUAAUAAUAGUGACGAUAAAAAUAAUACCACCAAUAUUAAUAAUAAUAAUAAUAAUAAUGAUGAUAUAACGACUACAACUACAACAACAUCUACACAUGUUUCAAUAAGUGGAAAGGGAAAUUAUUCUUAUUGUUCGAUUCAGUAA